GCGCGAGCACGGACCGCCCUCCGCCCCGUCAGCCUCUCACAGUGUGGAGCCUCGCUCGCCCGCCUCUGUGUCGCCCGACGCGUGUCGCACCACCUGCCAACCACCUGCUCCGUCUAGGCUUACCAUCACAGUGAAGAGGUGCUCGGUGUGGGUGACACAACAUGUCACCCACACUACAGCCACCCCCGUCGCCUCGCGCCCCACCUGCGGGAGCCACCUCCAUACCCGCUGGCCUACCCGCGGGGAUGCGCUCCCUGGCGCAGACAUUGCCCGUUUUAAAGGUGCCCACGUUAAAGUUGGAGGAGGAGGAGGAUGUGGGCGAGCUUCAGUACGCGGGCGGCGUGGUGAACGGGCAAGAGGAGCUGGCGACGGUUGCCUCCAACGCCGCCACGUCCGUCGUCACCGAGAUGAUUAGCCUGUGUUUGGACUACGAAAAUUGCACCAACAUGACGCAGCCGAUGAUGGACAACUGCACCAUGAACUGUACCGUGGAAGUGGACAGCGAGAACGCAGAGCGGAACUACUGGACGCUGCUUCUCUUGCUGUUCCCGGUGUUCACAAUCUUCGGUAACAUCCUGGUGCUCAUGUCAGUGUAUAAAGAACGUUCCCUGCAGACGGUCACGAAUUACUUAAUCAUGUCGCUCGCGGUCGCCGACUUGCUGUUGGCUGCCCUCGUCAUGCCCUUCGCUGUCUACUAUCUGGUGUAA